AUGUUGAAAUCAUUCUGAAUUUGUACGUUCAACGUGCCACACGCAUUAAGCAAUUGGAAAACUAUCGUAACACGCAUUGAAUUUUGUAGAAUAUUUUUCGAAAAUGUGCCAACAACAGCAACAAUUAGCAGCGGCUCAAAAUAACGCCAACAACAACACUGCAAAUACCGAAAUGCAAAGCAACAACAAGUCGAGCUAUAGCAUUAAACGUGUCUUGCAGACAAUCUUCCGCAAUAAACAACAACAGAAGCAACAAAAAUUGCAACGCCGUCAACAGCAGCGUAUGCAACCACAACAGCAACAACAGCACUAUCAAUAUCAACAACCUCAACGUGUAUGGAACUCAUUGGAAUCUUUGGAAUCUCUCGAGAAUCUACGUAAUGCACAAAUGGAAGAACAACAUUACUACGAAGAAAUUGAAGACAAUUCAGCCAAUGAGAAGCUAGCCGAACUCGUACAAGAAGAUGAGGAGCACGAUGUCUAUGUGCCCGUACGUUUUGCACGCACCGAAGCUGGCACCUUCUUCUGGACCACCAAUCUACAGCCAGUGCUGAGCAGUUUCACACCCGUUGCCGCCGAUGAGGAUCUGCUGCAGCCCAGCUAUUGCUACAGCAAUACGCAAUACCCACACAUGCAGUAUCCCCAACAUAACGGUGAUCGUUGGGCACAAGCUUAAGCUGGAUUGUGUUGUAUCUCUAGUAGAUGACUUAACGUCUAUGGUGUUUGUGUGGAAUUACUGUGACCGGAGCUUUAGAUAUUUGUGAUACUCGUUUGUAGCGGCUGAAGUACUUUAUUAUUAAUUAACACUUGUAUUAACUGCACGUGGUUGUUGUAUCAACGCGCUUCCAAUUUAGUGUUUAA